GACAUCAUACAGGAAAUAAUUAACCAAUCUUAUCCUUUACCUGUUUCUUUUCGCAUGCGCAUUUAUUGACCUGCAAAAUAGGUUCUCUAUUUCUUUACCUACAACUCAGGUCUUCCUCUUCUUCGAACUUCUCUCUUAUCCUCGCCAUCCGGCUUCCGGAACAUAACCUCUUCGUCUUCUCUCUCCUUUCAAAAUGCUUACCAGGAGGGUUUUAACAGCCUCGCGAUUUUUGCUGGCUCAGCGUUCCGCCGCACCACAAUUGAGAUAUCCACUCCCAGUUAUUCAGCAAUUUCGCAGUUAUGCCGACAAAGUUGUCAAAGUACCAGAGAUGGCUGAAUCCAUCUCUGAGGGUACUUUAAAGCAGUGGUCGAAACAGAUCGGUGAUUUUGUUGAGCAGGAUGAGGAAAUUGCUACAAUUGAGACAGAUAAAAUCGAUGUUGCUGUCAAUGCUCCCGAAGCUGGCACAAUAAAAGAAUUCUUGGCCAAUGAAGAAGAUACUGUUACCGUUGGUCAAGAUUUGGUCCGUCUCGAACUUGGGGGUGCUCCAGAGGGAGGUGAUAAAGAAAAGGCCUCUUCGGAACCAAAAGAGGCAGCAUCAAAAGAUCAAUCGACAUCUUCGGAUCCUGAGCCAUCUAAGAAAGAGGAUUCGAAACCCAAGGAGGAUUCUAGCUCUCCUCCACCUACGGAAAAAAAAUCGGAACCAAAGGAGACACCAAAGCCCAAACCAUCGGAAUCUAAGAAGCAGGAAUCAUCAUCUAGUAGUUCCAAACCUUCUUUGGGCAACCGAGAGGAGCGUCGUGUCAAGAUGAACCGAAUGCGACUACGUAUUGCUGAGCGUUUGAAGCAAUCGCAAAACACCGCCGCAUCUCUAACUACUUUCAAUGAGGUUGACAUGUCAUCUUUGAUGGAAUUCAGAAAGCUCUACAAAGAUGAGGUGCUCAAGAAGACUGGUGUCAAACUGGGAUUUAUGAGUGCCUUUUCUCGUGCAUCUGUGCUUGCCCUGCGAGACAUCCCUGCAGUAAACGCAUCCAUUGAGGGUCCUAACGGGGGUGACACCAUUGUCUACAGAGAUUAUGUUGAUAUCAGCGUCGCCGUCGCCACUGAGAAAGGCUUGGUAACUCCCGUUGUUCGCAACACUGAGAGCAUGGACCUUGUUGGUAUUGAGAAGACUAUUGCUGAUCUAGGCAAGAAGGCUCGUGACAACAAACUUACGAUCGAAGAUAUGGCCGGUGGAACCUUUACUAUUAGCAAUGGCGGUGUGUUUGGUUCAUUGAUGGGUACACCCAUCAUCAACCUUCCACAAACCGCUGUUUUGGGUCUACAUGCUAUCAAAGACAAGCCCGUUGUCGUCAAUGGCCAAAUUGUUAUUCGUCCAAUGAUGUAUCUGGCCUUGACCUAUGAUCAUCGUCUACUUGAUGGAAGAGAGGCUGUCCAGUUUCUGGUCAAGGUUAAGGAGUACAUAGAGGAUCCAAGAAGAAUGCUUUUGUAGACAAGCGGAGUCAUAUUCUUGACUGUAAAAUCAUACCUCGGAGUGCAUAACUGUAAUACAAGACGAAGCAUCAGAAAGCCCUCGGGCAUCCGAGCUUUAACGCUAUCUCGUUGAUUCCGAUAAUAGCAUUCAUUAAUAUGUGUUUUAUGAUUACAUUCUAUUGCAAUUGCUCCAGGAACAUUCAAUAGUAUACAAAUACCAAUGUUCGGAAUCA